GAAGCGGCUGCAGUCAGAUGAGCUGCAGUUUAUUGACACACAAAGCCUCUAAAACUCGUUCAAAAUCAACCUGCCAGUAAUGAGAAGCACGGCAUGGCAGACAGACAGGGCAAUGAGGUGGAGGAGGCUGAGCAGGUGUACCUGCUGAUGAAAGAGGAGUACAGGAUUUCACGCAACGUGCGUCUGUCCUGGUUCCUCAACCGGCUCAAUCAGGCCGUUCGGUCCAGUCCACCGUCCGAGCUGCUGAAGUCAGAGAAUGAGCUGGAUGUUUUGAGCGUCCUCCCGAAAGGAUGGCAGCCCAACUCUUUUUCCUCGUCCUGCCCGUGUUUGCUGGUUCCCUCCACGCGCGUGACCUUCCUGGCGCGCAGGUACCGCUUCAUCAUCGAGCUGGACCUGAGCCCGUCCACCGGGAUCGUGGAUGACAGCACAGGAGAGAUGAUCUUUGAUGAAGUCUUCCACGCUCUGUCUCGGUGCUUGAUUGGUCUGGCAAAACCCUUUAAAGUCCCAGGAACUGAUCACGUGUUCCAGCCAGAGAUCUUCAUCACUAUUCUGGCGUAUUCCUCCAUCAUUGGCCUUAGUUCUCAUCAGGUGUUGGUUCAGGGUUGUCAGCUGGACUGUAUGGAUUUGGAGCAGUUCUUGCAUCAGAUCUAUCAGCAGCUGAGAGCCGUGGAGAGCAGCAUCGCGGAUGUCCUACAGCAGCAGCACAACCAGUUCAGUGGAUCUGUCUAUCAGUCCUUCUCUAAUGAUGCUGUGGAGGAACUGUCUCAGAGGAAGCCGGGGGUUUCCAUGGUGACGGCAGAUGUCGGGCUGGUCAGCAUGGUGAGGCAGGGGAUUCUCGCGCUGCAACUUCUGCCUCCAAACUCUGGUGCAGGUAUAAUAAUCAUCACAGAUGGAGUGACGAGUGUUCCUGAUGUUGCUGUGUGUGAAACGCUACUGAACCAGCUGAGAAGUGGAACCAUUGCCUGUUCGUUUGUCCAGGUGGGCGGUGCUUACUCCUAUGACUGUAGUUUUGGCUACAUCCCCAAUGUGGAGCUGAUGAAGUUCAUCUCCAUGGCAACCUUUGGCUCCUACCUGUCUAUGUAUCCAGAGUCCGACUCUACAGGCGACGAGAUGAACGCUUACCACCGCGCCUUCCUCACAUACUCCUUCCUGAGGCCCGGCGAGACCAUGAACCCAGAGUACUGCUGCUUCUCCCAGCACAGGCUCUUUAAUGAACACCUGGUGUCGGCCAGUGGAAACCCCGCCUUAGUGAUGCGCAGGAAGAAACACACGGAGAAAGAAGUGCACGCUGACUUGAUCAGUGUGCUGUCCAUCAGACUGCGAGAGGGAUACACCAUCCGGGAGAUCAACAUCACUAAAGGAGGAAGUCAGCUGGAGGUGAAGCUGGUCCUCCUCUGGAAGCAUAACAUGCGUAUCGAGUACCUUGCCGUGGCGUCCUGGCCCCUGAAUCCAGUCAAACGCACCACCUGGGUGGAGGUGACCAUAGAGGGCAGCUACGACAUCCUCCAUGACAUCAGCUGCACCAUGCGGAAACCAAUCACAAGCCCCUACCGGACAUCUGUCAUCCGCCGCUUCUGGAACACUCUGCAGAGCAUAAAUCAGACAGACCAGAUGUUGGUGCACCUGCAGUCCUUUAAUUCCAUCCCAGAACACUACACCAUCCCCGAAAGCACGAAAAAUGGGGUUCCUCUGUUUUACAUCCCACCUGGAUCCAGCACACCGGUCCUCUCCCUCCAGCACAGUGGCUCUAAAGACUCCAGCCAAUCACAGUUUGCCUCCUACUGGAAGCCCAUCCUGUCCAUGGAUGCCAACUUCUGGCAGCGCUGGCUGCACAUGCAUCGCAUCGCUAUCCUUCUGGAGCAUGACAUCCCGGUCCCAAAGCACGUGCACAACGCUGGCAGUAACGGUCGCUUCAGUACCAUCCAGUGUCGCAUCUCUCACUCGGCACUCACCUCGCUGCUCAGGGACUGGAGCAGUUUCGUCCUGGUGGAGGGAUACUCAUACGUCAAACUUAUUUACAGUGCCUCUGAGCUGCCCCCCGUCUCCUUCUAUCUGGUGCGUCUGAUCUCUAAAGCUCCCUGCAUGGUGCUGCGAUUAGGCUUCCCGAUAGGAACUCUGGCACACUCCAGGAACAAGAUUGUGGAUGAACUUCGAGAGCAGAUCCUUCGGCUGCGGUUCCCUCAUCGAGUCCAGAAUAAGGAGGCCACGCCAAAAACCAAGCGGAAGAUUCUGGGUAACGCGUCGCCCUCCAUGUCUCCGCCUCUUUCUGUGCCCAAACCGGCGCUGUCUGACCGGCCGUGUGUGGUGGUGCUCAACAAACCUCUCGAAAAACUACUGAUCAGGUACGAGAAACUUCCGUCAGAUUUCCGCACCCCUUUCAUCUUAAACAUGGAGCCGUUCGCUCAGCCGCCCAUCAUGGGCGCCCCUCUCAGCAUGGCUGCCAGCAGGACAGCGUCCUCCACCAUGGCGUCUCUGUCCCGAUACUUCCUGCACCAGCGCUGGGUUUGGGCCGUUCAGAACGGCCCGGGAACCGCCGUGUCGCUGCACGCAGUCGCUCAUAUCCUCUCCAUGCUCUCCGAUAUUCGUCUGUCGGAAGGCUUCCACUUUGCUGCCAGCGGGGAGGGUAUCGUCAACAUGGUGUCAGAACUGCCAAUGCAGGUGAAAAGUCCGUCAGCUGAUUUGGACGGAGAAAAACACACCUGCAUUGUCCAGUACAUCCUUUUCCCACCUCAUUCCACUUCUACCAAGGACAGUUUCUCCACAGAUGAUGACAAUGACACUGAGGUGGAGGCCAUAGAUGUGGACACAGAGCUGAGUUUGGUGACGGAGUGCUGGGUCGAGCCUCAGAGCGGAGCUGUCUGCAGCUCACUGGAGCAGCAGAGACAUUUUCAGAAGCUCACGUAUCAGGAGAUCCCUCAGGCUAUUUUUCCACACGAUCUGUCGUGCAUGACGACGAUGAUCACAUUCGAAUACCUCAUCCAGCUGUGUCAGAAUAAAGAGCAGGUGUGUCCUCUCAGCAGCGUCAGAGAUGCUUCAGGAGAGAUCCCCGCCGCUGCUGCUGAUGACUGCAUACACACUGUGCCUUUCCAGUUCGACCUGAUGAAACUCUUGCCCAAGUGCCAGCAGAUCGAGCUCUUCUUCUACACCUUCAGCCGAGAGGGGAAGGAGGACGCCUCCCGUAGCGCCUCCUCUCUGCCCAACGACCUCCUCCUCAGCCUCUUCCACGGCUCGCUGCAGAACGAGCUCAGUGAUCGAGAGAUCCUGUUGACUGACGGCGAUCAUGUGGCGUUCAUGCAUCACAUCCUAGAGCGGGAAAGAGAUGGCCACGUGGCUCCAUUCUCACUUCCUGUCAUCAAAGAGGAGAGCUUGAAGCCUCCGGAGAGGCAGGACACUGUUCUGUCUUUCCACACGAUUGGAAGCAGUAAAGAGGUGACGGGCUCCUCCAGCACACUGCAGAGCUUCAGUAAUGCAGAUCUUGUGGAUGACGAGCCAGCUGGCGCGGAGCAGGACUGCUUAUCUCCUCACUGGAAAUGUUACGCCAAAUACAUCAGUCAUCAGCAGAUCCUGCUCACUUUCCUGCCAGCUACAUUCACAGAUGUGCAGAUUUUGAUGUCGUCUGGGCUGGAAACUGAACCUCCAAUCAACAGCAGUCUCCUGGAAGAGGAGGAGACCUGUAGUCACGGCAACGGCCAAUCACAGGCAGACUCCUUCGGCAGCUCUGCCAAUGGUCCACAGGUUGGAACAGGUCAACAUGGAGAAGACAGGAAGGGGUCCACAGUGGAAGCAGAAGCAGCGCUGGAGACGUCUGCAGGACAGAGCAACAUGAACACAAGUGAUACUGCUUCAGAGGAGAAGGACGGCGUUCAGUUUGUGGAGCCUCAGAAGCGAGACUGUCACAUCACGUUCAGCAGACAGGUGUCUCAGCAGAGCGGCGCCGACGCAGCACGACCCCGCUGCCCCAUCUACAUCUACAACUGCUCCCUGGAGUCCCUCAAAGAGCAGCUGGUCCACCCGCGCUCAGGACGCCAGCCCAGAGACGUCUUCUUCAGAGCUCAAGAGACAGACUCCUGGGAGUUCAGUCAGCAGCCCAAAUACAGGUCAAUCUCUCAGGAGCGCAGCAGCGCCGCCUCCUGGACGGAGCUCAUGACACACCCUCACAAACACAAAGAACUGGCCAACUACUGCAGCCUGCUACAGGAGCACUACUACCAGAGCUAUGUCAAAGGUGUUUAUCGCAGUCUGCAGCAGUCGCACAACGUGAGCUCGCAGGACUUACUGACGGCUAUGGACUACUGCGAGGAGUCGCUGCAGGAGAUCGACAUCACUUCCUUCCUGCAGACGCUCUGCGGACACGUGCGUGUGUUUCGUGAGCGUCACGAGCUGCAUGGCUCUGUCAACGUAAGCAAGUCCAGUGACGCUUCCACCACCUUCAUCAUCGGAGAGGGAGAGGAUGAUGGAGCUGACAGAGCCACGCUGGUGUCUUCAUCCAGUAUUGAGCUGGAGGAUGUGAGUGAAGCGGAUUCCAGUGGGAAAGUCUCUGCUCCCACAUCCCCACUGGACCUGGACGAACCGAAGUCUCCAAAAAUCCCAGAAUUCCCUCUGUCGCUCCUCCAGUCCCAGCAGAAAUGUGACGUGUAUCCUGAUUUGCACAAAAUCAUACAGGAUAAGUUCAUGGAAAUCGGUGCUCAGUAUUUCAAGACUGUACCGUCCAAUCCACAUUAUUUCUUUUACUGCCUUCCAUCUUCCAAAAAAGAGGAGGAUUUGGACCGAGAGGGAGAGCGGAGAGCCAGUGAGGACUGUGAGGUGUCUGAAGCUGAACUCGCCACAGAAGACGAGAACGUGUCGGGCUGCUGCAUCGUGACGGAGAGUGACACGGAUCUGGAGGUGGAGUAUCAGGAUUGUGGGAAUGGCAGAGCGGAGGCUGGAGGACAGGGAGCCGGUGAAGGCGAGUCUCCGUCGGACUCCAACACAGUGAACCAGGACGAGGACUCCUUCAGUAUUCUGGACGGAGACUCUCUGCUGGAGGUGGAGGGUCCGCAGCCGGAGAUGCCGCCUCUGUUUGUGCACCUCACCUGCUCCGUCAACAUGAAGAGCUGCCAUGGCUCCAUGCCCACACAAACACUGCCAACCUGUCUGGGUGAAGUCAUUACCUGUCUUGAGGACGCUGAGAGUCUUCAGUCGGUGGAUCUGAAUGAGUUGUCUGUCACUCUUGAUAUCUUCGUGCUCACGUUACCUCUGGAGAUUGAGGUCAUGGCUCCUGACUUCCACCACAACAGAUACACGUCUGAGAGCAGCGUGUCUCUGAACCGCUCUCCUGGACAGCCCUCGUCCUAUCGCUCUGACGAGGAGAUCAUGGCUAAUCUGGACGGCCUGCGUGGGGUCGGUGUGGAAAGUAUGUCUGGAGAUCCCCUGUCCAAACUUCCUAUUCCACACAAAAUGGCUGUUUUAGCCACCAUGGAUGAGAUCCGUUGGCUGUUGGAGGAUGAGAUAGUCUCUGCUCUGCGGCACUCGUCUGUUAUCAGCUUCUCGACGCUGCAGAAAGUGUCGGAGCACGUGUGUCGCUCCAGCGGCCGCCCGCAGUGCCACUGUGAGCUCGUUCCCCUGCUGUUCGUAUUUGGUCCCGAGCAGUCGCUGGAAAAGUUUCAAGAGGAGUUCAAGAGGUUAUCUCUUCCUGCGAACGCCGAGCAGCACAACUUCCACUACGUCUCACUGAGUCGCCAGCAGUCUCACAGGCUCCAGGCUGCAAGACAGCUGUCUAGCAUCGCUGCUCAGUACUCAACGGCCGCGGGAACAAGCUCUCAGCAAACCAGCCUGUGUCCUGAGGUGGAGGACGGAGCCAGAGCUUCAGCAAACAUCUGCACGCCAGACAAAGACAGAGAAGGGGACUCCAAGAAAAAAGAGCCCGACACUGAGCAGGUGGAGUGUGGAGACACGCAGAGGGCCGAUGAGGACACGCGGCCUGCAGCAGCUGAUUCAGUCAGCGAGUCUCACUCUGAGACCUCUGACCCCGGGCAGAUCAAACAGGCCGACGCAGAGGAGACUCGACCUCAGAGUGCCAUCAGCAGCGCUGCUCACCUGCAGGCAGGCAGCAGCAGCACCGAGCACUCGUCUGAUCACACGUCCCCUCCAAAAACCCCCUCCGCUGCCAGCCUGGCCGAGUCCGUGCAGUCCACCACACACAGCAGUGGGAAACUGCGGCCCAGUCGAGUUCAGAGCGUCGUCUCCAGUCAGGGCAGCCUGGACUCAGACAUGAUGGGUUAUGAUGGCGGCAGCAGUGAUUCUGAGUGCGACGGACCCACUAUGAAUGAGCAGGAGAGACAGACGCCACUCAUGCCUGAUUUCUGGCUCAUCGUCAGAAUUCAUCAGGACAGAGUGGAGGUUUUCUCUCACGCCAGGAGUUUAAACAGAGGGAAAGAGGAGGAAGAGGAGGAGAUCCCAGAGUACCUGCAUCUUCAUCAGCUGGUGGUGAGGAGGAUUGGAGAAAUGUGCCGAACAGUCAACCAGCGCCUCCUGCUGCAGGACCUGCAUGAUAGUCGCGUGUGUCACUCUCUCCUGGUGGCUGAGAGCGAAGAGGACAUCUGGAAGCACGAGUCGCUCUACCGGCCCAGGAUGACCAACUCUGACGACUACAAUGCAGACGAGAGCUAUCAGCCGCGGGACUACCUUGCCGCUACCAUGCAGUUCAUCCCGGGUUACUUCGCCUGUGACGUGGUCUGGAGCACCAUCAUUUAUAUUCACCCACGCCUCAAAAUGGGGCCCAACAUGGGCGUGUCCCGGGCUAUCCAGGCUCUGCGCUCCGUACUAAACGCUUUCUGUGUGGUAAACCGCAAAAACAUGUUUGUUUAUCAGGAGCGCACCACCAAAUCUGUGUUCUACCUCCGGCUCUCCGAGACGUCUCAGGCAGGGAAGUACAGUGAUUUGGAUGGAAACGUGCACGUGUCGCGCUCUGUCGGUCUGGCCCGCAGCCAGGAGCCGCUGGGCUCUGAGGACCUCACGGCAUCACGCUCUUCUCUGGAAGGCUCAAGGCCGGUUGGACUGGUGGACAAACACAUUCUGCUGCAGGUGCAUGGCGUAGGGACCGCAGGUCCAGAGAUCACUGAUGAACUGGUGAAGGUUUUGAGGAAGCGUCUGGACGAGGCCACGCUGGACAUUAUCACAGUCAUGCUGGUCAGGAACUGCAAACUGACGCCUGCAGAUGUGGAGUUCAUUCAGCCUCCCGGCUCUCUGGCGACGGAGGUGGUGGAGUUCUGUCUGCCGCAGUACUGUGUGCCGUGGAUCCAGGCGGUGGCUCACUACCUCCGUCAGAACCUCCUCAUCUUCCUCCACAUCCCCAAAUACACUGACAGCAACAUGGAGCACCACUUUAAGCAUUACUUCCAUUUGAGCAGCGAGCUGCCCGAUCAUGACAUCUAUCUGUACAAUAAACCUGGAGGCCAGGGCACAGGAGGCAAAGGGAUCGCCUGCAUCGUGCUGUCAUUCGUGGACGCUAAAGGCUGCGUGCUGCAGGUUCCCGCUCAGGACGGCAGUGGCCCGGCUCUCAGAGGCGACGUCUCCAGCAUCUCCCUCCAGCCGGACCAGUUCGAGGCCUUGACGACUGUCGUCAAAGUGGACUCUGGCAGCCAGAGCUCAGGUGCAGCCGUGCGAGUGCGCUUCGACGUGUGGGAGCAGGGUAACAUCAGCCCGCUGCAGCUGACCGAUCGGCUCAGGGCGGCUCUACGCCACGCCCUCUGCGACGUCGUCAUGGAGAUGCGUGUGCUGCCCAACCCGUUGUGUCUGGACACCUUCUGCCUGCCUGCAGCCACCCAGCGGGACGAGAGCACAGUUGCCUUGAGUCUCCUGCAGUCUGACAGUAAGGAGGUGAAGGAGAGCGUUCGGCGGCCCAGUGGAGCUCAUGGGCUGAAGAGCAGCCCGUCUCCCAUCAGCCUGAGUUCUGUGCCCAGCUCCACCCCGACCACUGGAGCCAGCACGCCCGAGUCCACCACACCCACCGGCAAAACCACACGCCGCUUCUUCUGGGAAAUACUGAGUAAACCAGAAACUUCUGAGCUUGGCAGUCCGAAGACGACGGAUGACAUCGUACCGGAGCGUGUCGAGGACAGUCGCGUGAACCGACGGAGACACAAGACGGAGAGCGUCAAACAGCAGUGGAACCACGAGAAAGCCAUGGCAGUCGAGCAAGAGCAGGCCCAGAGGUACACACACACACACACACACAGAGCUGUGUUUCUCACACUUUUGUCUACAGGAAAGUCCGCUAAUGAAAUAUUCAGUGAAUUAUUUUCUCUUGCAGGUUGUCCGUCCAUCCAGCACUGUUCAGCUGAAGUCUCACAUCAUUUCCUCCUGCCCUCCAUCCUCACAGAGAUCGUCAAUCUGGUGGGCUCGCUGGCCAGUGACACGGCGGUCAAAGUGUUCGAAAGAAGCAGCUGUCCUCAGGAAGACAUGUAUGUCCCUCUGUCAAUCAUCCAGCACAUCAGCCAACCACCUGGCACCACCAGGAGCUUCAUUCUCAUUGGUCGCAACUUCAGCCAAUGGCACUGUAGUACAGAACAAGAAGACAGUUCAGAUGAAGAGAACAGUCCAGUACUAAAUAGGUGCACACCUCAUAAGGGCAUGCAGCGGUUCGAGGCUUUGGAGCACAGUGAUUGGCUGAGCCCGGGACAGGCUGUGAGGGGCGUGGCUCCACGCCAGCGCUUCCUGUACAUGCAAAUUGUCAAUAAGAAGGUGACUCUGUACGCGUAUAACUGGUCGGUGGAUCUGGGCGUCUCUCUGAAUCAGGGUCUGGUCAGACUGGUGCAGUGGCAGAACGCCCGCGCUCAUGUGGUCAACUGCCUCCUGAGUCAGAAAAUGGGCCUUUUCCAUCAUUACUGCUUCUCUGAUACGCCUACACACGAGGACCUGAAACAGCAGGAGCCCAGCCCGUUCCUGAGCUCCACGAUCGAGGCGGACGCUCUGUUGAGGAGUCCGGUUCCUCCGGCCGCAAGUAAGGAUCAGGGUCGGAUGGGCAGCUCUGCGCGUGCUCUUCCUCCUCUGGCCUUCCCCGGAGAACUCGUGCCCUUUGAUGAAGCUCUGAGAGACGUGAACACGGUGAGGCCCCUGACCAGUCAGGACGGACCCGAUAUAGUCACUCGCCAUGGAGCCCAGCUACUGGAGGUCAAAGCCGCUGAACGCAGAGAGCUGGAGAGACAGAUGAAGAUUGAGAAUCUGUUUGUGACGUGGCAGCAGCGCUCUGCUCAGUCCAACAUGCCCAUCUCUGUGGCCGAUCUGGACACACUAAAGCAGUCCUCUCGACUGGUCCAUUACUGCGCCACUCCGCUGCUCUUCGACCCUGUCUUCCGGAAACAGAUUCAAGAGGAACAGCUGCCUCAGCCCCAGAUGAAGAAGCGGCAUCGCUCCAGUGACUCCACGGCGUCCGGCCGCGAUCGCAGCUACAGCACGGAUUCGGCAGACAUGCGUCCGAGUCGAUUGAAGGAGGAGCCGUGGCUGCAGGAGAUCUCCAGCAUGUUCCUGCAGCAGUAUGUGCAGUAUCUGCAGAGCAUGGGCUUCAUCCUGGUGCAGGUCCGGCCGCAGUCGCCCGCUCGCAGCAUCGCUCGAGCCCGAGCUGCCAUGUUGAGUUCUUUAUCCACUGAAGGCAGAUCAUCCUUCUCCUCUUUCUCAUAUAGUAAGCAGAAGAGUGAAGACAGCCCCAAGAGCAAUGCAUCGAGCUCGGCAUCAUAUCACCUGCAGAGGGCGCUGCCGGGAGGAAUCGUCCUGAUGGAGCUGGCUUUUCAAGGCUGUUAUUUCUGCGUGAAGCAGUUUGCAUUAGAGUGCUCAAGGAUUCCCAUGGGUCAGACAGUUAAUUCUCAGCUGUCCAUGCUGUUCACCGAGGAGUGCGAUAAGGUGCGGGAUCUGAUGCACGUUCACUCGUUCAGCUACGACUUCCACCUGCGUGUGGUGCAUCAGUACCUCGUGGGCUGUCACAUGACCCUGCGGCAGGGGUACCAGCUCACAGCCUUUCUGGAGGACUUCAUCGCCCAUCACCCCGACAUACCAAAGUUCGGACGCAACCACGUCUUCCAGGGGAGUUUCUCCAUAUCGACGGGAAUGAUCACAGCACAUCAGCUGUAUAAUUACAUCACUGAUCAUGCCAGCACUUACGGGAUGAAGCCCUUGCGCAUGUCUAAAGCUGCAGUUACCACCGAUAACAAGAAGGGGGCGCCGAGCGCAGACCUGCACGAGUACGCACUGGUCGCUCUGUGGAACAGCUCUGGCUCAUUUAAAGACUUGGAGGGAUUGCGACACCAUGAUGACUUUGACGUGUCGCUGCUGGUUUGUCAUAACGCCGCCCCGUUUGAGGAGCAGUCUGAGGGAGAGAGACACCUGCUCAGGCUGCGUUUCUAUGUGAUCAUGACCAGUCAGAGGGAGCUGUUCCCGCGUUUGACUGCAGACAUGCGGCGCUUUAAGAAGCUUCCUCAGAUCCACCGUGACCCCGGUGACCGCAUCCCUGUGGAGCGGAUGGAGGCUGGCAGCCCGGGGGGGCGGGAAUCUGAACUGGACCUGUGGGAGGACACUACCGCCCCCGUCACCCCUCCAGCCAGCCCUGAAUCUGACCCCAUAGAGAGCCUCCUGCACGCGGGACAGGCCGGCCUCGCAGACGCAGAUGCAGACGACUCUCAGGGGCUCUUCUACCUGUGUCCUCUCUUCCCCCUGCUCAGUUCAGAGGUGCUGUCUGCGCGCCGGCAGAUUCAGAGCAGCGUGGAGCAGGCCAUGGGCCACUGCCGCAGGGAUAACCUCUGGAGGAGGCUCUUUCACGGAGAGCACUUGGCUCUGGAUAAGCUCAAGCUCAGCAAGCUGACCUUCGGUGAACUAGAGGAGCUGCUGGACGCUGUGCAGAGCAGAUCGGUCUCUGAGAUUGACCCACAGCUGGACUGUUUCCUGAAUAUGAGUCCCGCCUGGUACCAGAGUCUCAUCAAAGUCCUGCUGUCCCGCUUCCCACAGAACUGCAGGCACUUUAAAGACGACUGCGGCAUACAGUACCUGGCCGUCCUGAACCAGAAGUUCACUGACUGUUUUGUGCUUGUUUUCCUGGACACACAGGCAGGAAAAACUAGUCUGAAGGUUGUUUUCAGGGAGCCGUUACCUGCGCAGACGCAGUCGAGCAGCAGUCCUCCACCGCAGCUGGUCUCCAUGUACCACCAUCUGGAGUCGGUCAUCAACACCGCCUGCUACAACCUCUGGACAGGCCUGCUGUGAACCUGUGUUUCUGCCAGCGGUGCAUCAGACGGAGUCAAGUGUCUGAUAAAGAUUGAGCUUUGAGCUGCCUGUCACUCUUAGACUGAGACUGAAUGUGUCUCGCGUGUAUAAUGCAUGCUGUGUCGACCAGGUUGCAUCCAGUUAAGGAAUUAAAUUGCCAAUAUUUUGCUUAGGAAAACAGCUAAAUGUGCCGCCCUGUUGAUGGAGGGUGAUUAUCCGGGAGGGUGUAUUUACUGCGUGUGAGACUCCGCUGGUUUGCCAAAGCCAUACUGUCCUUCUGUAGUCUAGUGUUCAUUUGUGCUUUGUUUUUUUCCUCCAUCUCCUCUCAGUUGUUGAUGUUGUUUCUGUAGCCCGUGUGCAAAAGAUUUUUUUUUUGCCCCAUCACUUUGUGCAACAUGAUUGUCUUUACUGCCGUUUUUUCAUCCCAAAAGUGCCUUUAUUUUAUUUUAUUUUCAUAUGAAAUUGAUGGGAGCUAGUGUAUUAUGUUCACCUUUCAAGAAGAAUCUCUUUAAGGGACAGUUCCCGCAAAAAAUGUAAUUCUGUCAUCAUUUACUCACCCUCAUGUC